AUGGGUUGGAAUAGUUGGUAUAAUUUUCAGUGCAAUUAUUCUGAAAAGAGAAUUCAGAAAACGGUUGAUAUAAUCAUCAGUAGUGGUCUGGCUGCUGCGGGCUAUGAAUAUAUUAACCUUGAUGAUUGCUGGCAAGUAGGUCGAGAUGCAAAUGGAACGAUUCUAGCUGAUCCAGUUGCUUUUCCAAAUGGAAUGAAAGCACUGGUUGAUUAUGUUCAUUCACGUAAACUUAAGUUCGGUUUAUAUUCAGAUGCCGGUUACAGAACGUGUGCGGGUCGACCUGGUUCUCUAGGAUAUGAAACAAAAGAUGCCAAUACAUAUGCACUAUGGGAUGUUGAUUAUUUAAAAUAUGAUAACUGUAAUACUGAUGGAACGAAACCAGAAGUGCGCUACCCAGUUAUGCGUGACGCAUUGAACGCGACGGGUCGACCCAUCUUCUAUUCACUUUGCGAAUGGGGCGUUGAUACACCAGCACUAUGGGCUGCAAAUGUUGGAAACAGUUGGCGGACAACUGAUGAUAUUUCUGAUAAUUGGGAAUCGAUGACUCACACAAUAGAUAUAAAUAAUCAAUUUGCUGAUAAAGCUCGACCUGGUGGCUGGAACGAUCCUGACAUGCUACGAAUAGGCAACGGUGGUAUGACGAAUACGGAAUACAUCUCCUAUUUCUCUCUUUGGGCUAUCAGUAAAGCUCCACUUCUGAUCGGCGGUGAUGUAACCAACAUGAGCCAAGCAACUCUAAAUAUUUAUCUAAAUCGUGAAGUGAUCGCUAUUAAUCAAGACCCAUUAGGAAUACAAGGAAAAAAAAUUGUUGUUUCGUCAUCACAAACAUUCAACAAUGUAUUCGCUGCUAAAUGUUCAACUCAUGAUCAACGACAAAAAUGGAUUUACGAUGUUAAUAAUGAUCAUAUUCGAUCAACAUUAAACGGACAAUGUUUAACAAUCGACAAAUGUGAUUCUGGUAGUGAUGGAUUGAUGAAUAUUGUAACAACCACAUGUUUCAGUAAUAUUUCCAAAUCAUCAUGUCCACGAAAAAUUCAACAAUGGAUGAGCAAUAAUCUAUGGCAAUUGAAUAAAACAGAUGGACUCAUUCGAAGUGCUGCCAAUACUGAAUGUUUAACCGUUCCGCAAAUUACAGAAAUAUGGGCUGGACCAUUAUCUGAUGGAUCCCAAGCUGUGCUGUUAUUUAAUCGAAAUAGUACAAUUAGUGAAGUGAUUACUAUUAAAUGGACGGAUUUAGGAUGGUCAACUAAUCAACGAGCAAGUGUUCGAGAUUUAUGGACUCAUCGAGAUCUCGGAGUGUUCGUAGGCAAUUAUACUUCGCCUAGUAUCGAACGACAUGCCGUACAGAUGCUGAAAAUUACACGAGUUCAUUAA